AUGGCUUCACAAACAGCUGUGGGUUCUUAUUCGAACCCGUUGAAGAAGUUUAAAUUAGUGUUUCUCGGAGAACAGAGUGUCGGAAAAACCUCUUUGAUUACACGAUUUAUGUACGAUUCGUUCGACAACACAUAUCAGGCAACAAUUGGAAUCGACUUUCUGUCAAAGACUAUGUACCUCGAAGACCGAACAGUUCGAUUGCAACUCUGGGACACAGCCGGCCAGGAACGUUUCCGAUCCCUCAUCCCCUCCUAUAUCCGUGACUCUAGUGUCGCUGUCGUCGUGUACGACAUCUCCAACGCCAAAUCGUUCCAGAAUACAAAAAAAUGGGUAGACGAUGUUCGAGGCGAACGAGGCAACGAUGUGAUUAUUGUGCUUGUUGGAAAUAAGACUGAUUUGAACGACAAGCGGGAAGUUACCACCGCGCAGGGCGAGGAGGAGGCGAAGAAGAAUGGGCUUAUGUUUAUUGAGACCAGUGCAAAGGUUGGACAUAACGUGAAGCAAUUGUUUAGAAGGAUAGCACAGGCACUUCCAGGCAUGGAUGGUGAGGCACAGAGGGGGGAGAACCAAAUGAUUGAUGUCAACAUCAACCCAUCUCAACCAACAAAUAACGACGGAUGCGCCUGUUAA